AUGUCUAAUAUCAACCUGCAAUGUUUGUUGGGUAUUCAGUGCAAUGAUUUUGUUAUGAUAGCAGCCGAUCAAAGCAAUAGCCAUAGUAUUAUGGUAAUGAAAGACGAUGAAGAGAAGAUUUACAAAAUAUCUGACAAGCUGGUGAUGGGUGUAAUUGGGGAUUCGGGAGAUACGAAUCAGUUUGCCGAGUACAUUGCGAAAAAUAUUCAGUUGUAUAAAAUGCGAAAUGGAUACGAACUAGGACCUUCUGCUGCUGCUAACUUUACCAGAAGAAAUCUAGCAGAAUACCUUCGUAGUAGUACGCCCUACUUUGUCAACUUGUUGAUGGGUGGCUAUGAUAAAGAAAAUGGUCCCGAGCUAUACUUUAUGGAUUACUUGGCUUCUAGUAUGAAGGUUCCCUUUGCAGCUCAUGGCUUUGGUGGUUAUCUGAGUCUGAGUAUAAUGGAUCGCUAUCAUAAAAAAGAUGCAACCGAGGAGGAAGCGUACGAGAUACUCAAAAAAUGUGUGCAGGAAGUACACAAGCGUUUGUUUGUCAGUCUGCCUAACUUCCAAGUCACUGUUGUGAACAGGGACGGUAUUAAAGUCCUACCCGUCAUCAACUCGGCGUCUUUGAAGUGA